GGUCGCCUCGCGCCCAGCUCAGAAUAGAGGCGAAAAAUCCAGCGAAAGCCAGAGAGAGGGCUUCCUGACCUGAAACAUUGUGUACACCAAGUUGUUUCCGAGCGCUCCGCAGACAGAGGAGGGGGAUUUUCCUUUUGCGCAACUGCUCUUUUUUUUUCUUCCCCUUUUUGCAGAGACUGGGCGAGUGAAGUUGUCGUUUUUUUGGAGUUUUACAAAGGGGAGAGCGGCAGCGCAGCACGUCGCCACACGCAGGGAGGAGCGGAGAAGAGGGCAGAAGUUUCCGCUGGCUUGUUGUGUCGCCGCGGGGCUGCUGGUGGUCAAUCCGCAGGAAUGUCGCACAAGGAGAGACCCGUUUUCUACCGACAGGAGCUCAACAAAACCGUGUGGGAAGUCCCGCAGCGCUAUCAGAGCCUGUCUCCGGUCGGCUCCGGUGCUUACGGAUCCGUGUGCUCAGCGUUCGACGAGAAGACGGGCCUAAAGGUAGCGGUGAAAAAGCUGUCCAGACCUUUCCAGUCCAUCAUCCACGCAAAGAGAACGUACAGAGAGCUGCGGCUGCUCAAACACAUGAAGCACGAGAACGUAAUCGGACUCUUAGAUGUUUUCACCCCUGCAACCAGCUUAGAGGAGUUUAAUGAUGUAUAUCUGGUGACGCACCUUAUGGGAGCAGAUCUAAACAACAUUGUCAAGUGUCAGAAGCUGACAGACGACCACGUCCAGUUUCUCAUUUACCAGAUCCUCAGAGGCUUAAAGUACAUCCACUCAGCAGACAUAAUCCAUAGAGACUUAAAGCCCAGUAAUCUGGCUGUUAACGAAGACUGUGAGCUUAAGAUCCUUGACUUUGGGUUGGCGAGGCACACAGAUGACGAGAUGACGGGAUACGUAGCGACGCGGUGGUAUCGAGCCCCAGAGAUCAUGCUCAACUGGAUGCACUACAACAUGACGGUGGAUAUCUGGUCGGUUGGAUGCAUCAUGGCGGAGCUGCUUACAGGACGGACACUCUUCCCAGGCACAGACCACAUUGAUCAGUUGAAGCUUAUAAUGAUGCUCGUCGGAACCCCAGGGCCCGAGCUCUUGAUGAAAAUCUCUUCAGAUUCUGCAAGGAACUACAUUAACUCGCUUCCUCACAUGCCCAAGAGGAACUUUGCUGAUGUGUUCCUUGGCGCCAACCCUCUUGCUGUAGACUUGCUGGAGAAAAUGCUGGUGCUGGACACAGACAAGCGGAUCACUGCGUCGGAGGCGCUGGCGCACCAAUACUUCUCUCAGUAUCAUGAUCCAGACGACGAGCCCGAAGCGGAGCCCUACGACCAAAGCUUUGAAAGCCGUGACCUGGAAAUAGAGGAGUGGAAGAGCCUAACCUAUGACGAGGUAGUCAGCUUUGAGCCGCCACCUUUAGACGAUGAGAUGGAAUCCUGAGUGGGGAAACGCCUUUUCUUCCUUUUUAUUUAGGUCUUUUAUUAUUAUUUUUUUUAUUUCAAAGGAACACUCUUAAAACUAUCAAUCACAUGUGACCAUCUGUUUGUUUCCUGCUCACAUGCACAACCAUGACAUUCAAGUGCCUGCCAUCAUUUAUAUCUUGGGGACGUUGUGAUAAUCUGUUCAUAACGCCCCCUAAUUUGAACCCUCUUCUGAGGCCAACUUUAACUUUUUUUUUUGUUUCUUAGUUUUUUGUUUUUUUUUGCUUCCAACAUUUAAUUAUUAGUUUUCAAGUUUUAAUUACCCCUCCUGGAAAACAGUAUACAUGCCAGUAUCUGAAAACAAUUUCAGGAGAUGUAUUCGAAGAUUCACAUUUAUACAGUUUUACUACUUAGCAGUUAGCACAGCAGGGGCAAAUUUUAUUAGUAUUUCUCUCCUUCAAAUAUUAGACAAAAUGUUAUUUCUGUGUAGAUAUUGCAACAAACAGUAUUUGUACAUAAGUAUUUUAGGCAAAAAUAAUUAUCAUAUUAGAAUAUUCAUUGACACUUGAACCAGUCUCUUCAACAGUAUGGAUUUGAUUACCAGAGUUCAUCCUAAAAUGGCCUAAAUUGAUAUUGUAUGUAAUUUAUACUAUGUAUGUACAGAAUAUGUGGGGAAAUGUAUGAGAUUAACUCAUUAUGAUAAAAAAAAAAAUCUAGGCUUUAUAUUUCUUCUUGGUUUUGUAGACUUUGUCAUUUUUUCAAGAAAUUAUCACUUAUGGAAGAAUUGCAUAUUCAUCAAAUACAUCAACUUGAUGUAUUUGUUUUCUCUGCAUCAAUUCAUAAAAAUUAUUUUGCUCCAAAAUGAAUGUUUUAGCAGUCAGAAAACUCCACUAUUAUUGCAGCAUGAUGAAGACAGGGUUGGCUUCGUAAUUUAUUCAGAUAUGAUGUUUCCUGCGAGAACAUUAGCUGUCGAUGUAAUUUAAUCAUAUUGCAUUUUAUAAACCAUAUUGCAUUUAUUGUGUGUGUUGAAUGUUUUUGGGCACCAGUUUGCUCUGUAUUUAUGAUCCUUUUUGUUAUGUUGUUUGUAUAUCAAAAUGUAAAAGAGAAUGUUAUUUGUCAGAUUUCAGGGUUGUUUUUAUUAUUUAUGGAGAGCCUCUUGUUUCAGAAUCCAAAAGCAUCAUUAAAUAUCUGAUUUUCCCCUCAUUGGCCUCAGGGACUGCAGUUACAGCUUGUGUAUCGAAGCAGACAGAGAGAGAGCCAUAUUGUCUAAAAUAUGUUAAUGUUAAUUGGCUGAAAACUGAGUUCUUAGCAUCCUGCCGGUAUGAUAGUCAUGUUUACAAAAAUGAAGAUGGUAGACCUAUUCAGAAAUGUAGAGCCUUAAAAAUGUUCUUUACUUGAUGGACCAACACAUAGCAUUGGAUAAUUCAGAGGCACAAACAAAUUGGGGUUUUUUUUCUGCACAAAUAAAAAUGUGACAGAGCUUUGCAGAAUUGUUUUUUACUUUAAUUACAGCUGGAAAUACUUUAUUUCAUCAGGCUUUGUCCAUCUAGAGACAAAACAAUUUUGGAUGCAAACCAUCUGUGAACAUUGACUUUUUUUUUCCAGUCUUGCCACUGUUUCUUAAUUGGAAUUAGGUCUGGCCUUUCACUGGGCCAUUCAUCCACAUAAAUAUGGUUUGUGGCCACACAAGCAGUUCUACUUUAGUCUGAUUAUACUAGAGAAUGUUCUUUCACAUUUGUGUUCAUUUAUGACAUGUGGGCCUCUUCACAAUUCAAUGCUUUUGUUGGUCUAUCACAUGAGAUCUAGCUGAAAUGCACUAUAGGUUAUUGUUGUAACAU